AGAAUAAAGUUUGCACUAUUUGCUGUUUACGUGGAAACAAAGGGUUUCCGGUCUUGUAGCAAGCUGUAACAGUCAGUUGAAAGACAGAUAUUAUAUACUUUGCUUACUCUGAGCCUUUGGUCACUUGAUAUAUUACGGAUUGGACAUAAGAGCCCGUGAUGGCAAAGAGAGGUGAAGGAGACAUAACAGAUAUACUGGAAGAAAUCAGGCAUGAAAAGCAGAUGAAAGAGAUGUUGGACCAGUCCAUCCAACAUUUGACCCAGGAGGUUACAGACAUGGAGAAAAAGGCCGAGGCGCCCGUGACGGCGGACGACAUGGAGUGGAAAACCCGUCAUGACAUCCAGGCUGACGUCAACAAGAUGCUGAGCGGGCGGAUGGCGGAGCUUCAGGAAAAGUUGGAUGGAAUGAAACAGAGCAUGAAGACCGGGCAGCUGCCACAGGUACUACGCGGGUAUGACGACAUGAAUGAAGCCGCCAUGAAGAAACUCAUCCGGGAUAUUGAACGUGAGAUGACCAGUUUGACGUCAGAGCUCAAUCAUCUGGAGUUCAGAUUGGACCAGGAAUCACAGAAAUACCACAAGGCGGACGAAGAACGCAAGAAAGUGCAGAUGGCGAUCGAACAGCUCAAGAGAGACAUGGCCAUGAUGAAAAGACAGAACACUCUAGUGGUUACCCUGGGUGCCCUGGGUGCUGAUUUGAACCGACCCAUGGAUGGUUUACCGCGGAACAAACGGAUUCUCAACCCCAGACUAGGGCCUGUCCGGAGCUCGGCUGUGGUCAACAGACUUCCCAGGCUACCCGCCAAGCCUCAGCCAAAGGCGAAGAAGGGGAAGUCAGUCAUGAAGAAUCCAGACGGGAAGAAGGGGAAAAGAAGAGAAAGAAAGUAUGAUGGAUAGACGGGAUGGGAAGGGCACAUACUUGUUUUUGGCGAAGGCUUCUACCAGUACUGAUGAAACAAUAAAGAAGAACAUUUAAAAUGUGAAAGACGACGCAGCAGUGUAAUGGUCAUGCCUCCUUGCCUAGUGCUUACACAAGUGAAAUAUUAAUUAAGUAAACUCCCUACAUCCUCUCUAGAAAUCAUACACUUUUUACUUGGUUGGGUGGUACCAAUCAAGCACCAUCACUAG